AUGCUAUUCCGGUUUCCGGGGUCGCUCGUGAACAGAGCUUUGCGCAGCCGACUUCUCACUGCGCAGCAAUAUCGCGCGACUAUUGCAGCGCAACGCCUACCACAGACAUAUAUCGCAUCGAAUGCCUUUAGCAAUUCCUCCUGCCAACGCCGUUUCGAUAAUGAUCACGAUGUCAGCCGCAACGACAGGUCUGACCAGAAGCAGAAGGAGCCAUAUUCGCAUCAAUGGAAUAGGAAACGCAUGUUUAAGGAUUUCACAAGAGAUGUGGAGCAGGAUACUUUGAUGGCCAUUGCCUCAAAUUCGCCUAUCACGCGGUACAACAUUGAGAAGGAGAUUGCGGAGAGUGAGGCUCUGGAUGCCGAAGCUGCUGAGAACGAUCGUUAUGAUUAUGAGGCUUCCGAAAGCAAGGGCUCUGAGAAUGAAGUUUCUGAUGACCCCGAGGCCGAGGCCGAGGCCCUCGAGGCCGCUCGCGACGAAUCCGAAAGCCACCGCGGCCCGCCUCGAGGACGAUCCAAAAUCACACCCAAGAUCAUCGACGAGGAGUUGAAGUGGUUGACUGAUCCCAAGAAUAUGGCGAACCGGAUUGGGCGUAUUUUGCACAGUGGUGAUCCGGCCCUGGCGGCAGCUGUGGUUCGAGCUGGAACAAAGAAGGGCAUGAGAUGUGACGUUGCAUGGAAUCUUCUUCUGCAAUACUGCUAUGAUCAGAAUAACCCACAGGCUGCAUUCAAGUUUUGGAAUGAUAUGAAAAAGCGUGGCAGGAGACCGACUGCCAGAGCGUUCACUAUUAUGUUGAAUGGUCUCAGCUCAUCCCCGGUUUCUUCGUCCACCGUUAAGACUGCCCUUGCUGUCUACCGCUCGAUCACCGCACCAAAUUCCGGAGUCAAGCUUGAUAUCAUCCACACUAAUGCCAUGCUUACGGUUUGUCAUCGUCAUGGCAAAAUGGAUCUCUUGUGGGAGAUUGCCGGUGAUCUACCUGAAGAGGGACCGGGAGCUCCAGAUGCCGUCACCUAUACCAUUAUCAUGAAUGCUGUCCAGUUCGCAGCCCGCAGAGAUAUCCAGAAAAUGUCUUCCAAUGAUAUUGAGAAGAUUCUUGAACGGAAGGCCCAGGCUAUCUCCGAAGGCAAGCGGAUUUGGGCCGAUGUCAUCUGGCGCUGGAAGAAUCAAAGCCUGGAGAUUGACAACGACCUCGUUAGCGCCAUGGCCAGCUUGCUUUUGGACGGUGCUAGUGAUAUGGACUGUUACAAUAUCAUGGAACUGUUCAAGCAAACUAUGGGCAUUCCUAUCCUGCAAAAGAGACCUGUUGAGAACUCGAAGUCUACACUUCGCAGGGUCACCCGCGAAGAUAGCGCAUCCAUGAAGAUGGAGGAGGCUAUUCGGGAAGAAAACAUGGAAGACCUUCCGUUUGUAAAUGAGCACAAUCAACCGCUGGACGCUGAGGCCCAGGAGGCCGAGGAAGCCGAGGAAGUGGAAGAAGCCAAUGAAGAAGCAGUGGAGGAAAUUGAGGAGGAAGAGGAGGAGGAAAACUUUGCGGAACUGUUCAAACCCGUCGUUCCCGAUACGGAGGGGCUAUCGUUCCUUCGACCAAAAAGCAAGGAACUAACGCUCCUUCUGCAUGCCUGCUUCACCAUCACCCAAGGAAUGGAAGCUGGACAGGCCUACUGGAAACAUAUGACAAUGGAGGAAACCCCCUACCGCAUUGACCCCGAUACCAUCUCUUUCAUCCAAUAUUUCCGCCUCCUCCGUCUGUCUCGCUCCAGCAAACUCAGUGUCAAAACCAUGCGGGAUCAGAUGAUUCCCGCCGGUCGAGCAACUGGAACAUCAUUCCACGUCGCUCUCAGUGUCUGCCGUCGUGAUCGCCGCAACCACUCAGUCCUUCUCCACGCGAACGAGCUGCUCUCUCUGAUGCAAAGAGCUUUGAUUCUGCCUGAUAUCCGAGUACUCGAUGGCUACCUGGCAACAAUCCAAGUACUUUCCACCAACCCAUCCGUCCUUCUGAACCUCAGAGGCCUCGACAAAGACGAAGAUUCCACAUCUAACAAAGCCCGCAAACCCCUCCGACUAGCCGACCAGGGCAGGAAGCUCCAAGCGAAGCUACGACUAGCUGCCCUCGCUACAUUACGGCCCUACGUCCUCACACUGGAAGAAGCAAUGGAGAACGGCAAACCCGCAUCCCAAACUCGCUGGGACACAAAGAGAAAUGCCUCCGAUUCCAUCCAAGGCUCAGCAGCUGUCAAAUUCAUGUCCCGGGUCCGUCUCGUAGUCGACGAUACCCUCAAGAUCGACUACAAGAACUAUGUGUCCAAAACCGAGCGCAAAACGCUGCAGGUCGAGUCGAAUAUGCUGAAGAAAUAUUCCGAUCGACAGGUCAUUGAGAAAUGGCAGAAAAAGCUUGUUUAUCCCACCCCGAUGCAGAGGCUGGAGAGCCGUGAACGCAUGCAGCAAUAUGAAUUGGAGAAUUCGGAAUCUGCGAAUAAACCAGAGGAAUUGUUCCCGCGAGAAGCUGAGGCCGAGGCCGAGGCUUGA